CUGAAAGUUGGUGCAGCAUGCGGCCAUCACGCUGGCGUCGCUAUUUUCAACUGCCUCACUAGCUAAAGCCACACUCAUUACGUCUAUAAUCGCAACGCUAGAUUGUUGUCUUGGUUUCCCAGCCUCGAUUCCUUACCGAUGAGGGACUUUCGGCCCGACUGACACAGGGAGAUGGGGGUACACAAUAUUUCAGACCAGCCGCCUCUGGUCCAGGCCAUAUUUAACCGAAAUGCGGAUGAAGUGAAGUUAUUUUUGCACAAGAAAGAUGAAGUCAAUGCACUGGACCAAGAGCGCCGCACACCUCUUCAUGCUGCUGCCUGGCUGGGGGACGUUCAUAUAAUGGAGCUUCUCAUCAGCGCAGGUGCGAAUGUCAAUGCAAAGGACCAUGUGUGGCUAACACCAUUGCACAGAGCAGCUGCUUCCAGAAACGAGAGGGCUGUGGGGCUGCUGCUAAGGAAGGGAGCUGACGUUACGGUGCGGGAUAAAUUCUGGCAGACACCACUGCACAUUGCGGCGGCCAACCGAGCCAUGCGUUGCGUCGAGGCCCUGCUGGCCCAUGUGACCAGCCUGAAUAUGGCCGACCGCACAGGCAGAGCGCCCCUGCAUCACGCUGCUCAGAGUGGAUACCAGGAGAUGGUUAAAUUGCUGCUGAACAAGGGAGCCAAUCUGAGUGCCAGUGACAAGAAGGACAGGCAACCCAUUCAUUGGGCAGCUUACAUUGGACAUCUGGAGGUGGUUAAGCUGCUGGUGUCUCAGGGCUCGGAUAAGAGCUGUAAGGAUAAGCGGGGAUACACCCCUCUUCACGCUGCUGCUGCCAAUGGCCACGUCGAUGUGGUCAAGUACCUGUUACGCAAUGGAGCCGAGAUUGAUGAGCCUAAUGCCUUUGGAAACACUGCUCUCCAUGUGGCCUGCUACACGGGACAGGAGGCCGUAGCCAACGAGCUGGUCAACCGUGGGGCCAACGUCAACCAGCCCAACCACCGCGGCUACACGCCCCUGCACCUGGCUGCCGUGUCCACUAACGGGGCUCUCUGCCUGGAGCUGCUGGUCAACAACGGUGCUGAUGUCAACAUGCAGAGUAAAGAAGGGAAAAGCCCUUUGCACAUGGCAGCCAUUCAUGGACGUUUCACUCGCUCUCAGAUUCUCAUUCAAAACGGUGGGGAGAUAGAUUGUGUGGACAGAUAUGGCAAUACUCCUCUUCAUGUUGCUGCCAAGUACGGCCACGAGCUGCUUAUCAGCACCUUAAUGACAAAUGGUGCUGACACAGCCAGACAAGGGAUUCAUGGGAUGUUUCCCCUACACUUAGCUGUGCUCUAUGGGUCCUCUGACUGUUGUCGUAAACUACUUUCCUCAGGUCAGCUCUACAGCAUUGUGUUGUCAAUGAGUAAAGAACACGUGCUCUCAGCCGGAUUUGACAUCAACACCCCUGACAACUUUGGGAGGACCUGUCUACACGCUGCUGCCUCUGGAGGAAAUGUUGAAUGUCUUAACCUGCUCUUAAGCAGUGGAGCUGACAUGAAUAAGAAGGACAAGUUUGGAAGGACUCCGUUGCACUAUGCAGCUGCUAAUGGUAGGUAUCAGUGUGUGGUGGUUCUGGUAGGAGCGGGGGCGGAGGUCAAUGAGCGUGACCGCUCUGGCUGUACACCUCUACACUACUCGGCUGCAUCGACUGCGUUCUGCAGAACGGACCGACCCCAUGCCAGCACCCAUCAGAACCAAGAGGAUGGGGAGAAGGAAUCCUUCCUGUGUGUGGAGCAUUUGUUGGAUAAUGGUGCUGAUCCAUCUCUGUGCAACACUAAAGGAUACAGUGCUGUGCAUUAUGCUGCAGCCCAUGGCAACAAACAAAACCUGGAGCUGCUUUUGGAGAUGUGCUUCAACACACUAGGAGACAAGGAGAACAACGGGUCCGUCAGCCCACUACACUUGGCGGUGGAGUCCGGUCACUGGGAAUGUGUCACCGUGUUAAUUGAGUCUGGAGGGUAUGUGGAUGCCUGUGACCCGGUGGGGCGCUCUGUGCUGUACGUAGCCUCUCAAAAAGGACAUGCCCGCUGCGUAGAGCUGCUGCUCUGCCAAUCAGCAUCUUGCCUGCUCAUAGAGCACCGCAGCAAAUGGGGCCCUCUUCAUGUUGCAGCUGCCAAUGGCCACUCAGAAUGUCUGCGGAUGCUGCUCUGUAGCGAGGGGGGAGCCGAUCUCGAUAAUGUUAAAGACGCAGAGGGACAGACUCCACUAAUGCUGGCAGUGCUGGGGGGACACACUGACUGUGUGCAUCUGCUGCUGGAGAGAGGAGCUUGCCCUGAUAUAAGAGACAGGAGAGGAAGAACAGCCUUACACAGAGGGGCGGUGAUGGGUCGGGAGGACUGUAUAACCGCCCUGCUGUCCCACAACGUCUCAGUCCUCAGCAAAGAUUUUCAGGGGCGAACUGCGGUCCAUCUGGCUGCCUCUUGCGGCCAUGCUGACAUUCUCUCCAAUCUUCUUUCUGCUGCUGACCACUCCCACCCCCACGACCCAAUCACAGACCGCCACGGCUACACACCCACACACUGGGCAGCCUAUCACGGUCAUGAAGACUGUUUGGAAGUUUUACUUGAACUUAAACCAUGUAGUAUCCAGGAGGGAAACCCCUUCACCCCACUGCACUGUGCUCUCAUUAAUGGCCAUAGUGGUUCUGCAGAGCUGCUGUUGGAAUCCAGUGUUUGUAAUUCGCUGGUAAACAUCAGGGAUGCCAAAGGAAGGACCCCACUUCACGCGUCUGCAGUUGCCGAGGACGUGGCUGGGCUGCAGCUGGUUCUGCGGCACGGAGCUGACAUCAACGCCGUGGACCACUCAGGGCGUUCUGCACUGAUGGUGGCCGCCGACAAUGGCCAAAGUGGUGCUGUGGCCCUGCUGCUGCACAGAGCCAAAGCUGACCUGUCCCUCCUGGAUGUGAACAAGAACACUGCCCUGCACCUGGCCUGCAGCAAGGCUCAUGAAAUGUGUGCCAUGCUGAUCUUGAAGGAGAUCCACAACCCUAUCCUCAUAAAUGCAACCAACAGUAUGCUUCAGAUGCCCCUCCACAUUGCCGCCAGAAAUGGUUUGGCUACCGUGGUUCAGGCCUUGCUGAACCGUGGAGCCACAGUGCUGGCAGUGGAUGAGGAAGGUCAUACGCCAGCCCUGGCUUGCGCAUCCAAUAAAGCUGUUGCCGACUGCCUAGCUCUCAUUCUGUCAACCAUGAAGCCUUCCUCCUCCACGCCCUCUUCAUCCUCACCGUCUUCUCCCAGCCUCAACUUGCUCAAGCACUGUGGCAUCACCGCCGCCUGUCCCCCCCUGCCCAAUGGAGGCCUUCGCCAUGGUUACGGCAAAGAUCGCCAUGGUGCUACUAUCGGCUUGGAUGGCUACUUGACAGAGUGAGGCGUUCUUACUCGUAAAAAAAAUAAAAAUAAACGUGUGGUCACUCGGUUUGGUCCUCUCUACACAUCUAGAUAAAUCUAUAUGCAAUUACAGCCACACAUCCCUCCUGUGCCAGUAUCAAAGCUUUUCUUCACAUUUCAAUAGAGAGCGAACACGAGAGGACGAACUUAGCUAUUUAUUUCUAUUUAUUUUCCCCCACUUUCCUUUUCCUCCCACCUCCUGACUCCCAUUUUAGAUGCUGUCCAUUCAGUAUGAGUCUAAAAUCUAAAAUCUGAAUCUAAGCCAUCUAUUCGAACCAGUAUGAAUCACUGGCGAGUCAGUCCUUUAUUUCUUCUCCAUUUGCAGUCGAUUUGACUCGGUUCAUGUUAGAAUUAUGCAGCUGUGUGUCUCCAUGGUAACAGUGAUAAUGGAUGGGUUUCCAUAUCAUGCCUCCUAUUUGUGUGACGCUGUGGCCUUGCAUAGGAAUUUACAGCCUGCCCUGAGGAACAAUUUAAACGGGUUACACUAGAUUUGCAUGAAUUUGCGGGACCAUGUAUUUGAUAGUGGUCUUGUGUGUGUGUGUGUGUGUGCGCGUGUGCGUGCUUGCACGUGUAUGUGUGACAUCCACUUUUGCGCAACAGUCAAAGUUUUUCAUCCCAUACUUGAUUAUUACGUUUUGAGGUUUUUAUGUGAGGUGCAAUCUGAUUUAGCACAGAUCAGGAAAAAACAAACAACCUAACAGAAUCAUAUUGAUAGAAGGGAAACCAUACUACCUUAAGCCAAAAGACCAAUGACCUCCUGAUAGAGGGGUCUGAUAUGUAAUGCUUGUUUACUUGUUAGAGAGAAAAGGGAUAGUGUUUGGAUGGGUUUUGAGGUUGAAAAUUCAUAUUAGGUUUACAAUGGAGGUAUUAGGUAGUCCAGAUCACUGUUUGUAGGUGGACAGAAGAAAGAGGAGUUACAAGUGUCAUGAUUUUGGCCGUUUAAAAAACAUUAUGAAGAUGCUACAUUAAGGAAGUAUAGAAAGCACAAACGUCAUACACAGUACUUGCUCCUUGGGACCUUCGGUUUUAUUUAUUUUGGUUGGUUUUAUUUUUUGUUCUAGGGCCUCAUAAAAUAUCUUCAAUUAAAUCUACUGCUUUGCUAUAAUAUUAAGUGUGGAGUUGCUUUCACAGUGCCUACUGAAUUUAGUUUUGCCUACCUAGGAUCCAAUCAGUUAAACACCAUAUGCACUCCCUUAAAGUCGUUGUGAAACAAGGGUUAAGUAUUUCACUAAACCCAUCAUGAAUUGAUUACCUGAAUGAAUGAACGUAUGAUUCAUAUAGACUUUGGGGAGUAUAUAUGUCAAGUUUGCAAAACUGAAGUGUUCAGGCUGAUUGGAGCUUUUUUACAUUUGUUUAUAGGGAGCAGUCAUGGGUAUGACCAAAGCCGAGCGAUUUCUAAAUACCAUUUUAAUAGGAACUAAUAGAUAUCCAAGAAAUAUCUUUUCAAUUUAAGUACUGAAAUAACAUUCACCCCUACUCUUUUUAAAAUGCUUCCUUAUUGCCAAAGGUAGAUUAAUUAACAAAGUUAAGAUUGUGCUUCCAUUAGGUUUUUUGCACCUAAACACAAAAUAAGAACAUUGUCAAUGAGUGUUUGAAACAUCCCUUUUUUUGUUUGUGCACCACAAACAGGCAAUAUAUGCUCAGUCAGUAAUGAGACAAUCAGUUGAAAGGGCUUUUAAUUUUGCCAUAGAUUUCUUUUUUCCUAAACAAGCAAAAGCGUUUUUCCCAAUUAGGAAGAGCUAUAUAAAUCUCUGUCCCUUAAUUCAAGACAUCUAAGAAUUAAUGCAUACUUCAGGCGUGAAAUGUGGAUUUGUUCUCAAUUAUACCAAUACUGUUGCUUUCAUUGCCGUGUAUCAGGAUUUUAGUGAUGUAGAUAGAGCAGCUUUGAAGUGUUGUAACAUUAACUGAUAUUUUAUUGGUGGUUGAAGGUGUGUAGACAAAUGAAACGGUAACAUUAGAUGUUUUAAGGCUGUGUGGAGAGCAUAUUUAUACUGAUUUAUGAAAUGACCUCUUCGUCUUUGUAAUGACAAGUUUUGGCUGCUUAAACAAGUUUCUCCACUCCACGCAGACCUGAUAUAAAGCACUUGCUUGUUCAGUAACAAAAAAGGAUGAAAAAAAUAUGCUUUUGCAUCUAUCAUAAGCUGUAAAUGGGCAAAUAUCUGAACUCUAAUUGCAAGUGUGCAUGUGUGCAAAUCAGAUUAGUCAAGUUAUAUCUUGAAAAAUUUCUAAAUGGGCUACAUGACUAAGAGGAAGUCCCUCAUGGGAGUUUAAUUCAAGCUUAUUUACCUGUACUUGAGCUUGACUUUUUCACGUACAAUAACUUUUGCUGAAUAAUACAGUUUGGUGGAGGGAAUUAGUGCGUGUCUAGACAGCACAGGGUACGAUAAUGAAGUGCAAGUUGAUGAGCUUGAAGUUAUUUGCACUGCCAGUUAUACUGCUUGUAGUUGUACAAAAAAAUAUAUUUAUAAAUUUAGUCUAGCUAGUCUUACCACAAGUAGUCGAGUUCGAAAAACAAGUGCCCGUGGAGCCUGUGAUUAGUAAUACAUUUCAUUUUUGUGCAAGAAAAAGUGCUGCUUUCAAUUGUAUCUUGGAGCUAAUUUUUUUUAGAGGAGAUCUUUGUCUAUUUAUUAGCAAAAAUAAUUCUUAUCCAGCCAAAACAAACUAAAACGUAUUUGUUUUAAUUCCUCAAAUUUCUAAUCAUUUUAUUGGCAUUGCACUAAAAUUGUUGAAUUGUUUUGUCGAAUGUAUGCCAUGAUGGUAGUAGCUUGCUUCGAUGUUGGUGAAAAUCUUGAAUGCUGUAGUUAGCGAUUAAAUAAUUAGCUUGGCAACAGGAACUUUGGAACUGAAGCCUUUCAGAACUUAAUAGACUGAAUUUGUGCAUUAGGUGUUCUGUGUACAAACAAUACGAGAACCGAUCACAAAGUGGCCAGACUUUUUUUCUUUUAUUGGAGUAAAGUACAACUGGUAAGGGGAGUUUUCUCCCUAAAAUCAUUUAGUGCCAUAACUUUUUUUUAUUUUAUUUUUCCUUUCUCAUUUUGAGAUGUUUGUAAAAAUGUGAAUGAAUGAUUCCUUGGGUUCAGUUUUUGAGUGUGCGUCAAGACCAUUACCAAAAGAAAAAAGACGAACGAAGUCCAAGCUAACAUAAGCUACUGUGCCCAUUAUAUUUUUUGGCGAUCCACAUAGUGUGUUAAUUAUUGUAAAAUGCCAGUACGUUCACAAUCAGACUGUCUAAAAAUGCAAGUAUAUUCGUAACUAAGCUAUACUGAUGGGCUGGUUAGCCCUUGGUGGAGCUCACCUCCAUCUGAAAGCUUUCAUGGCUAAGCCAUAACUUAGCAUUUGCCCUUAUAAAUUGAGUAGCCUGAUUUGAGUCAUUCAGUCAACGGCUCCUUCAAAAACCAUAUUUUAAAAUGUUCAAUUGUAAUCGAUAGUUCCCACAAACCACUGAUAAUUUGAGGUUUAUUUCAAAGCAAUGGAAUUAUGAAACGCCUUAAUUUCAUCAUUAACCGAAGGGCAAAUUUGACACUUACCAAAAUGACACAUUUACAUAGCUGUUCUUGUUUUAUUCUGGAUCAGCAAAUUGUGCAGUUUAAAGAGCUUGUUUUUGUUGGAAAGCAGAUUAAUUGUAGCUAACUCAGUGUCCUUAUUUUAUGUUCAUCCUUGCAUUUUUGUAUUCAAUUUUUUUUUUUCUCGCAAAGGUAUUAACGGCUGAUAGAAUGUCUGAUUUACCUCAGUGGACCUCAGCGUCCUUACUACUUGAAGACACAUCCAUUUAAGGCAAUACUCAAAACACCCGUUUCAUUUAACCUAUGUCUGUCUCCCAACUUUUUGCCUUAAGAGGAAAUGGUAUAGUUCAGCAAUCGCAGCACUUGAGAGAUUUUGUCGUUAACCUGGGAUCUCGUUCCGAUGAAAUUCAUAAGAAGCACACUGUUCUAUAGGUUGUUUUGCUGAAAGAUGUACCAUAAUGGCUUCUGGCCUCAAAAUAAUAAUUUUCAUGGAAUUUAUUAGGAGUUUUUGCACUAGAACAUAAAAAAAAUUGUGUCAUUUUGUUUAAUACAUAUGUCAAAUAUUUAGCUGUAAAAUUUAUUUGGAAUCGUUAAUAUUUGACCAACUCAUUCUCCUAAAUAAAACAUCAAAAGCACUGAUUUUCACUAUUGAAUAUGACUUAUAAAAACAUUAAUUUUCAGAAUAAAACAAAUCAAUAUUGGUAGUGAAUGGUAAAAGAUUUGGGAAUACAUCUAAGAAAAAAGUAUGUAUUAUCCAAUGAUUAAUUUCAUUUUAUACAAGGCGGAGUAGAUGCAUUUUCUCCCCAUUUUUCGAUGUCUUGGUUAAAGCAUUUAGGUAGUAAAUACUUGUGUGAUGUUAUAAAUACAAAUAUUUCUAACAACGUAAAUAACAAGAGCACAAGAUGAUGUGCUGUACAUAAUUCCUCAAGAAGUGUGGUCAGAUUUGCCUUGACGUGGCAGUCUUACCUCAUGAACUAGCUAUCUAGUGCUAUAUGUACUGGUACAUCAAAUUUGGGUGGGCUUUUAGCAACGCAUGCUCCAUGCAGUUGGAACCCUAAGGUCACGGUCCGAGGCCUUGAAAUGGAAAACAUUGGAGUUUUUAAGGGGUGCUCUUAAACUUGAUGAUGUCCUUCACCCUGGCUUAGUGUUACUUCAUGUUUCUACUCGGUAAGCGCUAAUAGUUCAAAUUGUAAAUCUGCAAGCGAAUGAUCUAAUCAAAAAUAGCUGCUUUUUGUUGUUCUUGCCAGCAGCUUGUUUCCAUAAGGCUAUUUAGAAGACCACCGGAGCCUGACUGAAUGGCUGAUCUGACAGGGCACGUAGGGAUCCCUUUAAAAAACAAUUUCAUAUAUAAAAAAAAAAAGAAAGAGCUAUGCAGGAAUACUUUUUUUAUUUUUUUAUUUUUUUUUAAAUCUCACAGAGUUGCGUAGUGCCACCAGAGAUAUCCCAAAAGCUUCAUUGACCGAUCACGGACCUUCAGAAGUUCAUCUGUAAAUCUAACACUGACCUUACUUGCUUGUUGGCUUUGGUUGAGAAAAUGACUGCUUAGCGUGGCAUGCUGCUAUUUCUUUGGAGUCUGUAAGCAUCUUCAUCAUCUCUUUAAGGUACUACACUUUGUGACGAGUAUGUGGGAUUGUGCCUUUUGUUAUCAAGUACAUGCCACAGGGUAUGGUCUUCCAUUAACACCUUUAGUGAGCCUUAUGAAUGAACAACUGUUGUAAGUUUCAGAAAUAGCCACCAUCCAUGUGGUUGCGUUUUGAGCCGUCAAAAAUCGCGAACGAAUUUCUCACGACACCGCAGAUGAAUAAAUAACCUUUGUAAGUUAAAUUAAACCAUAACGGCGAAAAUUUGAUCGGUUCUAGCUAGUGGCCUGUUCAAACUCUGUAUGGGAAAAAACGUGUUUAGUUUUACAAUGUGUGAACUCUUUAGUGAAGUAGAUGUGUGCCGUGUCGUUUUUUGUGUGGUAAUGCAUUGGAGAUUAGUUGUAACCCAGUGUCUUGUAGAAUGUUGGCAUGACUCCUUUUCUCUAUGUUGUAUUGAUGUCAAAGUAUCCACCUGAAAUGGACUGAAGUGCAAUAACUUUUUUGUGCGCCAUAGUAUCCUUAAUGGAGGAAAAUGCCCUUUUUUUUUUUUAAGCAGGGUAUUUUAUUUGUUAUUUUAUUUGGAUUGUACAAAUUUGAAUUCCUUCCUGUUUUGCCUCUAUAAGUGGCACUUUCUUGUGGAAUGUACAAUGGACUUGGUGGAAACUGUGAUAGGUGUCAAAGCCUUAUCAAUACUUCUUGCUUACUGGAAAGAUGGCAUUUCUGUUUGCUCAUCGGUUGAUUGGUCAGAGAGUGCCGUUUUUGAUGUACCUUCUCCAGUGCCACGUAAAGUCAGUGUCUGCUUUCGUGGCAUGUUAAGCAUUUGUUUGUGUGUGUGUGUGUUGGGGGUGUUUAGACCUGUUCAUUUACCUCUAAUCAAUUGAUUUGAUACCAAAAGCGAAGCACAUUGCCUAGAAUUACAGUUCUUUUUUUGCAUUAGAGAUGUGAUAGUUCUAUUUGGGAAUGGUAUCUUGAAUGUUGUUGUCACCAGGGAAAUAUGCAGGGUUUGAUUUCUCCCCACACAACAUUUGAACUUUGGGCCAUAUGUUAUGCGGUACCAAAGAAUGUUUCAUUGAUGAUUAUUUGAUCAGAUUUUUAUUUAUUUUUUGGUCAGACAUCAAGAUCCCAAUAUUUGUCAUUUAAUGUCUUCACAAGUUUUGAAAAAUAAAAAAAGGAACCUGUACCAUGAAGAAACAUUCCUUUGAAUUUCAUUGUACAAAACCGAAAUACCACUGACAACCAAUACCAGAAGUCCUAUAAUAAUCUUCAGAAUACCUUAAGUUGUAACUUACUUUUAAGGUCCUUCAUUUUGGCUUUAAGCAAUCAAUGAUUUCAUAUUUGAUAUCACAGGGAGCACACUGAAUAAAGUAAUCUAGUAUUUCACAACAUAGGACCAAUGUAUGUCUCUGUAGAGAUGGCCACUUGAUUUCAUUCAAGAACAAGCAAUACAAGUAUCAGGAGACAAUUGUAAAUUUCUAAAGAUUUGUUGGCUCUGGCUGCUUUUGGCCUGGCUAUGUAAUCUGUGGCACCUUAGUGUAACCCUCUUCGUGUAACUGAAUCCAACAUAAGAGAUUUCAGUGCUGAGAGAGCCUUAUUUCAGUCAAACUGAAUGUGAAUUGGAUGUGUGCAGGAUUUGGCCAUUUCGAAGCGACUGGCUUUAAUCAAGCGGACCUCCUGAGUCCCAUGUUUGAAUCCAGUUUCACUAGGACCCGCCGUCUUUAAGACUUUCCAAAAGAUUGCUGUUACAAAAAAAAGCAAAAAUACUACACAGUGGCUAUGUUUCCAUCGCCAAAACGCCUAAAUACAGGGUUACUGUCACUGCUUCCAAGCUCUGCUUGAACAUGCCAAGUAUUUGAAACGCAUUACAACGAGAAAGAAAUGUGACCCUGACUUAAAAAAAAAAAAAAAAA